UCAAAAGCGACCGUCAGUAGAUGACGUCAUCCGCGUGCGACAAAACGACAGCGCUUUCUUUGGUAGCAUGUUGUGCUAACCUACUGUUCGAAAGAGCAGAUUUGUUUCGUUUAAAGUAUUUUCUGUUGGAAAGAAGAUUAAAAUGUCUUUAUAUGACGAUUUGGGAGUCGCAACCAGCGACACAAAAACAGAAGGAUGGUCGAAAAACUUUAAACUGCUUCAGUCUCAGCUGAAAGUGAAGAAAGCUGCGCUUACACAAGCAAAGACUCAGAGGACGAGGCAGUCUAAUGUUUUGGCCCCAGUUAUUGAUCUGAAGAGAGGAGGUACAGCAGAUGACAGACAGAUCUCUGAUACACCUCCACACAUCGCUGCUGGAAUGAAGGACUCUGUGUCAGGUGGAUUUUCCUCUGGUGAUGUGCUGAUCCCUUUGGCUGAUGAGUACGAUCCCAUGUUCCCUAAUGAUUAUGAGAAAGUAAUGAAGAGACAUCGUGAGGAACGCCAGAAGCAGAGAGAACAGGAGCGACAGAAAGAGAUCGAGGAGAGAGAGAAGAAACGUAAAGAGAGACAUGAAGGAGGUGGUGGUGGAGCCCCCAGUGGAUUUUCACGUUUCCCGACAGAGGGCGAUUCGGAUGAGGAUGAAGAGUAUGAAAAAGAAAAGAGGAAGAGGAGUAUGACUGGAGCUGCCAUCGCCCCUCCCUCAUCCCUGAUGGAGCGAGACUCAUCGUUUACGUAUGAGGAUGAUGGUCGUCAACGGACGAAAGCAGCGAUACCGCCACCUGUGUUUGAGGAUUCUGACAGACCUCGAUCUCCCCCAGGACCAACCAAUUCAUUUUUGGCCAAUAUGGGUGGUACAGUGGCGCAUAAAAUCAUGCAGAAGUAUGGAUUCCGGGAAGGGCAGGGCCUGGGGAAACAUGAGCAAGGUUUGAGCACAGCGCUCUCAGUGGAAAAAACCAGCAAGCGAGGGGGCAAGAUUAUUAUUGGAGACUCAACAGAAAAGAAGUCAGAAUCAAGUCAGAAUGUGGUUGAUCCACACGGCUCUAAUUCAGGGGCAUCAGCGGAUGCCUCAAAGAAGAACGAAGCCAACCCUCUAACAGAGAUACUCAAAUGUCCUACGAAAGUGGUGUUGCUGCGUAACAUGGUUGGAAGAGGAGAGGUGGAUGAAGAUCUGGAAGGCGAGACUAAAGAAGAGUGUGAGAAAUAUGGCAAAGUUGUCAAGUGUGUCAUCUUUGAGAUCUCCGGUGUGCCCGACGAAGAUGCCGUCCGCAUUUUCCUGGAGUUUGAGCGGGUCGAGUCGGCCAUUAAAGCUGUUGUGGAUCUGAAUGGGAGGUACUUUGGAGGUCGGGUGGUGAAGGCCUGCUUUUAUAACUUGGAUAGGUUCCGUGUUUUAGAUUUAGGUGAUCAAGUGUGAGUUAGAAAUUCAGACCAACACUACCAGGAAAGAAACAUCAGGAGGAAACUGUCUGUAUAUAGCACGAAUAAUUUUAUACACCUUUGUUAAACAUUAUCUUGUGUACCUUGACCCAUGAUAUGCAUUUGUAAUACGGAUUUCAUUUGUUGGUCUCCGUGCAGAUCUUUAGUGAAUUGAUUUGUUUCUCAUGUUGUUUAAUAGUAGCUCAACUUGUCCUUGUGAAUAUGAUGUACUGUGAUGAAAGAAGCCCAAAAUAUAACAUGCUUUUAGGAGUUGAAUUCCUUUUUGUCAGUAUUGAAAUCCUUUAUCCCACUUUAAUGCAAAGACAGCUGUGCAGUAAAUACGCAUCUGUAGGUUAACUUCUUAAAGAGCGCUUUAUGAGUGACCCAUGUUAUCUUUUGCCUUUAACCAAUGCCGAGUAGAUCUGCUUGCGUUGGUGCAGUCCUGGUUUAUUUUGAAACCAAACCACAUUAAUGGUGAUUACUAUGGCAAGCAUUACUGUUGUUUUUGCUCAUAGUGAAGGAAUUUGAACAAAACCCCCUAAUUUUAACUGCUUUGAUGAAAACCUCAUAAACUUACAAUGAAUCAAGGGAGGGAUACUAAGCUGUAACUUUGAAGUAUGAUACCGGUAAGCGAACACCCAUUGAACCACCGAAUAAACACAUAUCAACUGCAUAGCUAAUACCAUAUUCUCUCAUAUAGUUAUUACACAAGUGUACUAAAAGCAAUGGUUUUGAAUGGGGUGAUGGUGAUAAUGAGUGAGUCCUGGUUCAUAAUUUAUAUAAUCAGACAUCUCCCUUUGUGACUUUAUAAAGU